AUGGUUGGAACACAGACUCACUUCUACUGUUCUACAUGUGAUCCUGUUCGUAGUUAUCUAUUUAUGAGCGGGAUACAACUGGGAGACAUUAGGGAUGUCGACAGGAAAACCAAAGGUGUACAAAGAGUCGUGGUGGUGGAACGAAGAAGUGCAAAAGAAGAUAAAGGACAAAAAUAUAGAUUCAAGAAGUUCAUGGCUUGCACGGAGGAGGAGGAUAGGACACAUAAGAAGAAGGGGGGUCCAAAGGUGGAAAUUCAACAAACUUCAGACAUCCAAAGAACACAGGAUCAUGAGUCGAUUAUUGAUAUUUCCACAGCGGAAGUAGGAGAACCUCUCAAAAAAAUAGGGGGAUCAAGGGCAGUUGGACCUGAUCACAUUCUGAUUGAGGUAUGGAGGGGUUUAGGAGAGGAGGGAAUUCAUUGGCUUACUAACCUCUUUAAUGUCAUCUUGAAGUCUCGUAAGAUGUCCGAAGAAUGGAGGGUUAGCACUCGUAUCUCACUGUUCAAGAACAAGGGUGAUGCACAAGUAUGCAGGAACUAUAAAGGAAUCCAACUUCUAAGCCACACUAUGAAGUCGUGGAAAAGAGUGAUUGAGAAAAGAAUUAGACGAGAUACAGUAAUUACAGAGAACCAAUUCGGAUUCAUGCCGGGAAGAUUAACCACCGAGGCAUACCACACAUAUCUUUUGAGGAAACUAAUGGAAAAGUAUAUGGAGCGAAAGAAGGAUUUGCAUCUGGUGUUCAUUGACCUGGAAAAAGCGUAUGAUAGCAUACCACGAAACAUCGUAUGA